CGCCAGUAUAUUCUAGCCUUUUGUGGUGUUCGAUCGCUAGAAGAUAAUGACUCGGUCUAUGCCUUUCAAGUCUGGAUUGGGCCUAGUUGCUGUUUUGGGAGUCACAAUGUUUGCAGUUUGGCGACCUCCUCAAAUAAAUGUGCUCACCAGUGUCACUAAAGAAGAAGAAGAAACAAGAGAUCCCAAACAAGAGGGUACUCAGGUGACGCCUUGCCCGAUACCCGCUUAUGUGAGCCCGGAAGCAUUUCUCCAAUACGAAAAACAAGAGCAGUACAAAUGCGAGAAUCUGAUAUAUUUUGGACUCGGUGACGGUAGCAAAGGCGUUUGCCUAGACCCGGUCUUCGGGCUUGACGACAAGAACUGUAACGUUCUCUCCUUCGGUAUCAGUAAGGACUGGACAUUUGACGACUAUUUUGGAAUAUUUGGUUGCAAGGUGUACAGUUUUGACCCGACCAUCGGGCAGGAGGAUCACCAACACGCACCUAAUAUCCGGUUCCUGAAUGUGGGCAUCAGCAACCAGACAGAAACUGUAACGGUGGGAGGGACGUCUUGUCAGCUGGACACAUACGAAAACAUCUUGAAGAGACUCGGCCUACUAGACACUGUGAUCGACUACCUCAAAAUGGACGUUGAAACCGCCGAGAUGAAGUUCUUUGAGGAUGUUUUCACCAACACGCCUCAUUUAUUGGCCAACAUCAGGCAGAUUGGCAUGGAGACGCAUUAUGGGCGUCCAGGCCUCAGAGAACUCUUCUGGGACUAUUACCAUCGCCUCGCUUGUCACGGCUUCAAGGUCAUGAACGCUCGGCAAUACGAUGGACGGACUGAGAUGGUUUGGGGACGGCCAUAGUCUGGACCACCUGCAACCUACCAGCAGGAGGAGGAACUUAUAAACGUUACUCUGUACAUAUAGAUAUCUGUGUCUAUACAAUUAUUAUUAUUUAUCUUUAUUAGAUGAAACCUAUCCAUAUGGAACAAGCCCACAGGGCCCACUGACUUGAAAUUCAAGAUUCCAAAGAAUAUGGUGUCCAAUUAGGGAGAAGUAAGAGGAGGUAAAGGGAAAUAUAGAAAGAAGAGGUCCCA